UCUCUGCCAGUGACUUUCCACGUCCCCAGGCCUCGCUACCGCCGCGGAGUCCCUUCCCGCCUGAGAAGAUCCUUGCGCCCGGGAACAGCCUCUCCCUACUCCCAGUGGUCCUUUCUGCCCCAACCCGCGCUGCAGGAAAUAGCUGGGGGCACGAAACGGCUAGAGCCAUGGCGACUCCCUCUGCUGCCUUCGAGGCCCUUAUGAAUGGCGUAGUGAGCUGGGAUCUCCCUGAUGAAGCCACCCCAAGUGAACUCCUUCUUAUUGGAGAGGCCUCAUUUCCUGUGAUGGUGAAUGACAUGGGCCAGGUGCUCAUUGCUGCCUCCUCCUAUGGCCGAGGCCGCCUGGUCGUCUUAUCUCAUGAGGACUACAUGGUGGAGGCCCGUCUGACCACCUUUCUCCUCAAUGCUGUGGGGUGGCUGAAUUCUUCCCCUGGGGCUCCCAUUGGUGUGCACCCUUCCGUGGCACCUUUGGCCAAAAUCCUCGAAGGCUCUGGAGUGGAGGUGAAGAUUGAGCCAGAAGUGAAAGACUCCCUGGGAGUUUACUGUAUUGAUGCCUACAAUGAAAGUAUGAUUGAGAAGCUGGUCCAGUUUAUGAAGCAAGGAGGGGGUUUGCUCAUAGGUGGCCAAGCCUGGGAUUGGGCCAACCAGGGCGAUGACGAAAGGGUUCUUUUCACAUUCCCUGGCAAUCUUGUGACCAGUGUGGCAGGAGUAUAUUUCACCGACAACAAAGGGGACACAAGUUUCUUUAAAGUCUCGAAGAAGAUGCCCAAGAUCCCAGUUUUAGUUACUUGUGAAGAUGACCUGUCUGAGGACAGAGAGGAACUCCUACAUGGGAUUUCAGAGCUGGACAUCAGCAACUCGGACUGUUUCCCAUCCCAGCUGCUAGUGCACGGGGCUUUAGCCUUUCCUCUGGGGUUAGAUUCCUACCAUGGCUGUGUUAUUGCAGCUGCCCGCUAUGGCCGUGGCCGGGUGGUGGUGACUGGCCACAAGGUGUUAUUCACCGUUGGUAAACUAGGCCCCUUUCUGCUUAAUGCUGUCCGCUGGCUAGAUGGGGGCCGUAGAGGCAAGAUUGUGGUGCAGACAGAGCUGAGAACACUGAGUGGCUUGCUUGCAGUGGGAGGCAUAGACACCAGUAUUGAGCCCCAUCUCACCAGUGAUGCCAGUGUCUAUUGCUUUGAACCCACGAGUGAGGUAGGGGUCAAAGAGCUGCAGGAGUUUGUAGCAGAAGGGGGUGGGCUAUUUGUCGGAGCCCAAGCUUGGUGGUGGGCCUUCAAGAACCCAGGGGUGUCUCCUUUGGCUCGAUUCCCAGGAAACUUGCUCCUCAACCCUUUUGGCAUCAGCAUCACAAGCCAGAGCCUCAAUCCAGGGCCCUUCCGUACUCCUAAAGCAGGGAUAAGGACCUACCAUUUCCGUUCGACUCUGGCUGAGUUCCAGGUUAUAAUGGGCAGGAAGCGAGGCAAUGUGGAAAAGGGUUGGUUAGCAAAGCUGGGCCCAGAUGGUGCAGCUUUCCUCCAGAUUCCCGCAGACGAGAUCCCUGCAUAUAUGUCUGUGCACCGACUCCUGAGGAAGCUGCUAAGUCGCUAUCGGCUCCCUGUAGCAACCCGAGAGAAUCCUGUUAUCAACGACUGCUGCAGGGGCGCGAUGCUUUCCCUGGCCACUGGCUUGGCCCACUCGGGAAGUGACCUCUCUCUGUUAGUGCCAGAAAUUGAAGAUAUCUACAGCAGCCCGUAUCUGCGCCCGUCAGAAUCUCCUAUCACCGUCGAGGUCAACUGCACCAACCCAGGCACCAGGUAUUGCUGGAUGAGUACUGGGCUAUACAUACCUUCAAGACAAAUUAUAGAAGUCUCACUGCCCGAAGCUGCUGCCUCUGCUGACCUGAAGAUCCAGAUUGGCUGCCACACAGAUGACCUGACCAGGGCCAGCAAGCUGUUCCGAGGUCCACUUGUGAUUAAUCGAUGCUGCCUGGACAAACCCACAAAAUCGAUCACCUGCCUUUGGGGUGGCCUUCUCUAUAUCAUUGUGCCUCAGAGCUGCAAACUGGGUUCUGUGCCCAUUACCGUUAAGGGAGCUGUUCAUUCUCCAUAUUACAAGCUCGGGGAGACAUCCCAAGAAGAGUGGAAAAGACGUAUCCAAGAGAAUCCAGGUCCCUGGGGUGAGCUAGCGACAGAUAACGUCAUCUUGACGGUGCCAACGGCAAACCUUCGCACUCUGGAGAACCCUGAGCCCCUGCUCCGCCUCUGGGAUGAGGUGAUGCAAGCUGUGGCUAGGCUGGGAGCCGAGCCCUUCCCUUUGCGUCUGCCCCAGAGGAUUGUUGCCGAUGUGCAGAUAUCUGUCGGUUGGAUGCAUGCCGGAUACCCCAUUAUGUGCCAUCUGGAGUCAGUACAGGAACUCAUCAAUGAGAAGCUCAUCAGAACCAAGGGGCUGUGGGGCCCUGUCCACGAGCUGGGCCGCAACCAGCAGCGACAGGAAUGGGAAUUCCCACCACACACCACUGAGGCCACCUGCAACCUAUGGUGUGUUUAUGUGCAUGAAACAGUCUUGGGCAUUCCUCGAAGCCGUGCAAACAUUGCCCUAUGGCCCCCAGUUCGGGAAAAAAGAGUUCGAAUCUACCUGAGCAAGGGGCCCAAUGUGAAAAACUGGAAUGCCUGGACUGCCCUGGAGACAUAUUUACAGCUACAGGAAGCCUUUGGCUGGGAGCCAUUCAUCCGUCUCUUCACUGAGUAUAGGAACCAGACCAACUUGCCCACAGACAAUGUCGACAAAAUGAAUCUGUGGGUCAAGAUGUUCUCACAACAAGUGCAGAAGAACUUGGCUCCGUUCUUUGAGGCCUGGGCCUGGCCCAUCCAGAAGGAAGUGGCUACCAGCCUGGCCUAUUUGCCUGAAUGGAAGGAAAAUAUUAUGAAAUUGUACCUCCUCACACAGAUGUAAGGAGUGCCCAUCGAGGUGGCAGGCCCCACUGAAACUGAAGUCAAGAAAUAAGAAAAUGGAGUUGAAACAUCACAGCAAUGGAAAUUGAAGACAUUUAGUUGUAAGUGGAGAACUCAACAGAUUUCUGCAAGAGAGAAAAUGGCUAAAGCCUGAUAAUGAAUAGAAGAGUGAAAAUAUAUUUCAGACAAAAUAUAAAUGGAUGUAAACAAAUAAACAAAAAAUCCCAAAGAGACUUGGGCACCUGAAAAAUCUGUUAAGCAAGUAUACCAAUUGUAGAAUUGAAUCCCAGUUUUACUCUGAUCCCAUCCUUGUGCACAGAUUACAGGUAACUUGUUGAUAUCAGUUAAAAUUUUGUGACUCUUGUUGUUUGUAUAAAGGAAUUGAAUAAAUCAUCCAAGUACAGAUAGGAGUUGGCACUCCAGGAUAAAUGCUUCUUUUGUUGAGAUAAGUGGGUUCCCUAGCCUGUCAGCUAAAUUUUUUUUUUAAUAAACAAUUGAGACUCCCUACUCCAGUGCUUAGAAGGCUUAGAGUAACAGACUUGUCCUUACAAGAAGAGAGGAAAUACAUACCACAUCCUAUAAGUGCAGUAGUUAAGUUCAUUCUUUGGUGUGAAUGAUCAUCUAGGAAUCCCCAGACCUGGUGGUGGGGAGGGAAGAAUAGGGAAGAAGCAUAUGAAAAAUAAAUAGGUAGGAUUAAGCAUUUAAAAAAAAAUAUAACAAAUACUGGAGGAAAUAAAGUCAAUGUGGAAAAAAACAAGUUGAACUUCCAAUAGUACCUUCAGAGAAAUUAGUUAACACUUGUGUUGGAAACAAGGUACUGCAAAGAAAGGAAAAAAAAAAAUACUCUGAGAAUAAGACAAACCCUCUGCAAAUGGAAUAAAGCCUCAAUAUAUUUAGUAUGUAAGAUAGAAAAUAAUAUUGAGAGAAUAUUCCAGAAUAUACCUCCCCAAAGCACAGAAAGUAUGAAAAAAAAAGACAUAGACAAUCAAAUCAAUGUCUUUUCAAGGAAUUUCUAGAAGGCAGAAUACACAAAAUAUACAAAGAAAUAAAAAAAGAACAGAGUUAAGAUUUCAGACCUAGGAUGUCUCAUUUAACCUGUGUCUGAGAACAGUCUGGGAAAACAUUGAAAAUAUUGAAGGGGAGUUAUUGCAAAUGGCAGGUGGUGGUAGCAAUGGUGAGGAAGUUACAUCAGGUCAUUGAGAUUGUCUCAACUAAAAAGAAAUGAGAAAUAGACUAGCAGCAGAUUUUAGCAUCAGCAACAUUGAAUACUGAUUAUCGACUUGGCAGUGUUUCCCCAUUUGGCUCAUAGAAAAAAAUUUGUAGCUGAAAUUCCAUCAAGGCAAAUAAUUCAGAGCACCAUUAAAAUAAAAGACAUUUUUUGAUGCAAAAUUUUCUGCAAAGCCUGCUGCCUUUGCACCUUUUCUGGGGAAACACCUUGAAGUAGUUCUCCAGCAAAACCAGGGUGAAAACCCAAGAUGAAGGAUAAAUGCCCUGCAGAAAGCAAUGGGUGUUACCCUGGAUGUUUUGCUGUAGAGUGACCAUUAUCCAAAAGGAUCUCUCACUGCAGGGAACAGUAUUCUGGCAGACCUGUAUCAGUGGAGAGUGCAGUCUUGGGUUUUCCAGGAAGAAAGUGCAUUCUGUGCCAUAAAUAGUGUCACUCAGAAACUGGAAUGUUGGAGAAUAAGGAGGACACCCAUUCUUUGUCAACAAGAAAGAAAACCAAAUCAAAAUCAUGUCAAGAAAUUCAGGUCCAACUAUGAAAAAAAUUAAAAUUGGCAAUCGUGAUGAUUUUGAUUUGUUCAUGGAAUGUAAGAGACUCAGUUGGUGAUUGUCAGUAGAUAAAAUUUCCUUCCAGUGGUACAUGGACCCACAAUAUUGUUUAUGUAGCAAAGAAAAUAUCCUAACAUCUUGAUAAUCAGUAAAAAACUUAAACUGCCAACAUUAUAUAUAGGACAUUUAUUGGUAUCUGUGUUCUCUGGUAAGCCUAUCAACAAAACAUGAAAGACCUAGUUUUGAUUCAUAACUGAAGUUGUAAAUAACUAAUGCUGACAAAUUAAGGAACAAUUAAAUCAGGAAAAGUUGAGAAUUAGUUGUGGAAAGAGAGAUGGAAGGAAUAAUUGUGCUAU